GUAAUGCACUCUAAAUAGAAUGUAUUGUAAUCUUUGCUCAGUCCAACGUGGUCCCUUCACCCGGGCUCCGCUCUUGCCUUCUCCACACUUGCUUGAUUUAUGAGGAAUCCAAAAUGAAUUUGGAGCAGGAGAGGCCAUUUGUCUGCAGUGCUCCAGGCUGCUCCCAGCGCUUCCCAACAGAAGACCAUCUGAUCAUUCAUAGGCACAAGCAUGAAAUGACUUUGAAGUUUCCCUCAAUAAAAACAGACAAUAUGCUAUCAGAUCAGACUCCGACCCCAACGAGAUUCCUGAAGAACUGCGAGGAAGUGGGGCUCUUCAAUGAGCUGGAUUGCUCUCUUGAACAUGAGUUCAGGAAGGCCCAGGAGGAGGAGAGCAGCAAACGGAAUAUCUCGAUGCACAGCACAGUUGGUGGGGCCAUGUCGGGGCCUGGGGCUCACCAGCUUGGCAACACCCGGAUGCCCAACCACGACACCAGCGUUGUGAUUCAGCAAGCCAUGCCGUCGCCUCAGUCCAGCUCUGUCAUCACACAGGCACCUUCCACCAACCGCCAGAUUGGGCCUGUCCCAGGCUCUCUAUCUUCUCUGCUACAUCUCCACAACAGACAGAGACAGCCCAUGCCAGCCUCCAUGCCCGGGACCCUACCCAACCCUACAAUGCCAGGAUCUUCUGCCGUCUUGAUGCCAAUGGAGAGACAAAUGUCAGUGACCUCCAACCUCCUAGGAAUGCAAGGUCCAAAUCUCAGCAAUCCCUGUGCUUCUCCCCAGGUCCAGCCAAUGCAUUCAGAAGCCAAAAUGAGGCUGAAGGCCGCACUGACUCACCACCCUGCUGCCAUGUCCAAUGGGAAUAUGAACACCAUGGGCCACAUGAUGGAAAUGAUGGGCUCCCGGCAGGACCAGACGCCGCACCAUCACAUGCACUCACACCCCCAUCAGCACCCGACACUGCCAACCCACCAUCCCUACCCUCACCAGCACCAGCACCCCGCACACCACCCCCAUCCACAGCCCCACCACCAGCAGAACCACCCACAUCACCACUCGCAUGCCCACCUUCACGCACACCCAGCACAUCACCAGACCUCGCCGCACCCACCCCUGCACUCCGGCAACCAAGCACAGCAGGUUUCACCAGCCACACAACAGAUGCAGCCAACCCAGACGAUACAGCCGCCCCAGCCCGCAGGGGGGCGCCGGCGAAGGGUGGUGGAUGAGGAUCCUGACGAGAGGCGGCGGAAAUUUCUGGAACGGAACCGGGCAGCCGCCACCCGCUGCAGACAGAAGAGGAAGGUCUGGGUGAUGUCACUGGAAAAGAAAGCAGAAGAACUCACCCAGACAAACAUGCAGCUUCAGAAUGAAGUGUCCAUGUUGAAAAAUGAGGUCGCACAGCUGAAACAGUUAUUGUUAACGCAUAAAGACUGCCCAAUAACAGCCAUGCAAAAAGAAUCUCAAGGAUAUCUAAGUCCAGAGAGUAGCCCUCCUGCCAGCCCUGUCCCAGCUUGCUCUCAGCAGCAGGUCAUCCAGCACAACACCGUCACCACUUCCUCGGCAGGGAGCGAGGUAGUAGGAAGCUCCACCCUCAGCCAGCUCACCACCCACAGAACAGACCUGAAUCCCAUUCUUUAAAAUCCACGGCUCAGACCUUGCCUCCAAGAAGCGCUGUCGUCUAUCACGCGUCCUUUCUUUUAAGGGCAUUUUUAGAAUUAACUCAGACCUGGAAGACUCCUCAGCCCUUCAAAGACUGGCUUUCAUUUUUACAGUUAUUAUGGAAAUGUUGUCUUUUAUACUUAGUUAUAUAAGAAAGAAGGGAGUUAUGCAAUUAAUAUCUAUCAGUUUGGGAAAUGCUUUGGUGCUUUUCUCCAAUUUCCUGGUACCAAUUACUUGUUUAUAAACUGAACUCUUUCUGUAUAUAGUCAUAGUUUCAUUCUUAUCAGUCCAAUGUUUGCCUGAAGUAUUGACUCUUGUUAAACCGCAGCUUUUAGCCCGAAUGAGGCAUACCUAGAUGCCAAGUAAACAGACACAAAGUAACUGGGUGAUGAGUCUGAGGACAUCAUGACAUGGGGUUGAGUUUGUGCUGUGAUGUCACCAGAACCCCAGAUAAACACAAAGCCUUUUCCAUAACUGUUUUUCUCUUAACUAUAAAAAAAUUAUAAGAUCCACUGAUGUCCAAAUAAAACCAUCAAGCAUCUCACCACCUUUCCUCCUCUGCUUGGCCCACUUCCUUGAAUGCCCAAUUUUCCUCUCCAUUUCCACUUUUUCCUGGGCUCCCUGUUGAGUCUUCAUUUUUACUUUGUCCAUUUUAUUUCCUCCCCCUUUAGCAUUGCAUGUAAAGAAGAAAAUAAUGUUUAAAGGAAAGAAAGCAAACCUCAAAAAUGCGGAUCUAGCCAUGGCUUCCCUCACCCAUGACCCACAGCUGGAGUUCAUUCAACUCUUGCUUUUUACAAAAUAGUAACUGGGAGAUGUUUAAUGUGCCUGAUUUAAGGUUUUUAAUAAUCAGAGCAAAUAAAAGGUGGCUUAGCCAUAGGUGAAGCACUGUUGAAUGCCAGCUGUGGAGACACCAGGGAAGGGAACUUUGUAAGCCUCGAUUGUGAAAGUCCAAAUUAUGAUGCGGGGCUAUAACAUCACACCCUCGAAUUACAACUGGUUUUAUAUGGCCUGUCUAUAACGUUGAAAGUCUGUGUACUAUAUAAUAAUUCAGAAGGGCUCUAUUCACUACACAGAUUACAUUGCUAAUAGCCUAAGACUUUUUUUUCCUUAAGUCAAUGGAACCAGCUUUGCUGUUCUGGUGGGUAAAGUAGACAAACUACUGGCGGGGAACAAAGAGAGAAAGAAAACCUAAUGUUUCCAUAGGGCUGCUUUCAGCCAUCCCACAACAGUUAAAGCACUUUCUGGCUGCUGAAAGAAUCCCAUGGAUAUAGCCACUCCACUCUUCACAUCUCUGAUUUAUAUUUUCAACGACUUUCAAGGACUUGCCCAUUAUAAAAAGCAGAUAGUCCCAAACCACAGUUGUGCCUCCUUGAAACAAGCCAUUCUACUGUGCUAAUGUUUUAAUAUAGCAUCUCACAAAUAACAGGGGCUGAUGUUUCUCUCUAGCCGUCUAGACAGGUGCUGGUGUUUCAUCUCCAUUUGAAUGCUUGACCUCCUAACACAAGUGUGUAUAUGUGUGUGUGAGUGUGUGCAUGGGAUUUAAAAGAAUUGUAUUUUACAAAAGGUGUAGCUUUUUAUAAGAGUUCAGAAAAGGGAAGGACGUGUUUUGUUUUGUUUUGUUUCUCACUAUAGUGUAAGAAUCUAUUUUGGAGAACAAAAGAAAAUAGGGUCAUGAAGCAUGAUUUUUAUAACUAGUUUCGGUUUUAUCUAAUAACUUACUUUUUAAAUCAAUAUUUAUCAACAAUCUUUUCACAUAUGCAGUGCUUUCAAAAGAAAGUUCUGAGUGUCCAGUGAAACUCAUGACUGGAUAUAUAGUCUAAAAAGUGAAACAAAAGCAAAAACAAAAAAACAAAAAAAAAGAGAAAAAAUGCAAAUGAAAAGGAUUUUCUAUUAUAUUUUAGACAAACAUAUCAUUUAGGUAUUUUAAAUACUGAAUACAUAGUUGUUUUGUUUUAUUUUGAAUCUCAGAAGUAAUAUAGCCGACUGGUUUAAACUAACUGGCUUCCUAAGAAAUAUUUAAGAGUUAGCUAAAAAAAGUAGUUAACAUUCUUAUCUAUUUUGACAACAAAAUUGAUUGUUUCAGAACUCCUUCUUAGGACCAUCUGCAUGUCUCCCUAAAAAGGAAAAAGAGCUCAUUGAAAUGUUUGGUUUUUAAAAUUUAUUUUAUUUUACUUUUUACUUUAAGUAAACAAAAACUUCUCUUCCUUUACUGCAUGCAUAGCACUUAAUGAAAUGGAUUUUUUUAAAAAUCCAGUGGUAAUAUCAAAGUGUCCAGGGAGUGGGCUGUCACUAAAAUUAUGGUUUACUUUCUGUUCCACCUCUUGAUUGAAAUAUUUAGUUGUUAAACUGAAAGCCUCUGUAGCUAAGAACUUGUCGGAGUUUUCUUAAUUCAGCAACUUGACAGUUUGACUGAUGUGCAUUAUAUAUAGCUCAAUUAUGUCUGUUUUUUAUGCUAAGCAGGCAAACCAACCACACACGUUAGCAAAUGGGCCUCAACAUAUAAUUAGAAUAAACUGUCUUCUUGUUGUACUCCAGGCCUUCAGGGAUGUUCAUUAGCGCUGUGAAAAUACAGAAGGUGGGAGAAGCCAGCUAGCUGUCAGAGCCUCUUGAAGUCCUGAACAGAAAGGCUCAGUGGUCAGACCUGCCAGUAGGCUUAUCAAUAUUAAGUAUUUCACUUGAAGGCCCAGCCUUCGCCAGACCACGGAAUACUCAGUCGGCCUGAAAAAUCCCCCCUUCUUACCAAUCUGGGAAAACAUCUCUCUAUCCCAUUUUCUUCUCCCACUCAAUUACCAGCUCACCCAUCCGUAUUUUCACAGAUCAGUUGUAAUGACCUUCAGAGCACACCAUGAGGAGGCCAGGGCCCUGGUGUACUGCCUCGCCCAUGUGGUUUUUUAAUUGGUAGGAACUGGCUUUGAAGUCACUGCUCGCCUACCUGGAAGCUUCUCCUGGGCCUCCCCUGCCUAUGCAAUGGGAGUUAACAACUUAGGUACAUCUGAGAGUGUCUCUACCAGGUGAAUCCUCAACUGCACGGAGGCAUCCACAUCUUGUUUUUCCUUUUAAGACAUUUCUCCACAUAUGAUGUGGGGAUGGGUAUCAUGAAAAUCCCAGCCAUGGAUGAAUGUACUCAUUUGAAAACCCAGUGUUAGGUUGGAUGUUUUCCCUGUCCACUCCCACUCAACUCUCUCCUACCUCCGUGGCAACGUAUGCAAGUCACAGUCUUAAUAGGGCCUGUGGGAGACAAGCGGUUUGUGCUCUGUCACCGCACGCAUUGUUAUACUCAGGGUGACUUAGAGCAAAUGCUCUUCGGAGCCUAUCCAGUCAAUGAAAUCAAAUGCAGCACAUGCUCCAAAUAGAGGGGUGGCAAUGGUGAAUGUUCAGGGGGUUGGUGCCUGUUAGGUAAGUGAACUUUAGUGUGUUAGUUGAGUUUAUCACUAAAAUCUUAAACCACCUGGGGUAAAAGACCAGCCUUUGGCUGGGGGGUUUUAAGCAUCAGUAACUGCUAUAAAACUAGCCAUCCAGUUAGGAUAGAAUAUGCUUCUUUCUGGUUAAUAAAAACCAUCUAAGAAAAUAUAUAUGUAUGUAUGUGUAUAUACAGUGGAUUUCAAGGACCAAAGCAAAAUUUGAACAGGAAUCUAUUAAUUUAGAAUUUUAUAAAAUAUUUAUUAAUAAAUGUUAUUUUUAAACAUUC